AUGUCUGGAAAGCAACCAAAGACCAUACUUACAGACCAAUCUGCAACAAUUGCUAGUGCAAUAGCAGAAGUAUUUCCUGUCACUUAUCAUAGACUAUGUAUUUGGCAUAUUUACCAAAAUGCUGCAAAGAGAUUGAGUCAUGUGUUUCACGGAUCACAACAAUUUGCUCAUGAUUUUGGAAAGUGUGUAUAUGACUAUGAGGAUGAAGAUGAUCGGUUAUUAGCAUGGAAUAAUAUGCUCGAGAAGCACAAUUUGAAGGAGGAUAAAUGGUUAAAGAAUUUGUUUGAUGUGAGAGAAAAAUGGGCAUUGGUAUACGGGCGACAUACUUUUACUGCAGAUAUGAUGAGUACACAACGUAGUGAGAGUAUGAAUAAUAUUUUGAAAAAAUACUUGAAGCCUAGUUAUGACCUGUUGUGCUUCUUUGAACACUAUGAGAGAGUUUUGGCUGAUCGAAGAUAUGAAGAAUUAAUUGCUGACUUCAAGAUGAUGCAAACUUCUCCUGUGUUAUCUGCUAACGUAGAGAUGUUGCAACAUGCAGAGGAGGUGUAUACCCCAGAAGCUUUUAAACUCUUCCAGCAACAAUACACAAGUAUUGGUGAUUAUGUUGCUAAUAAAGUUAGCAAGUCUGAGAUGCAAUAUGAAUACAAAGUAUCUUAUCGUGGUGUUGCUCGAGAGCAUUUGGUAAAAUUUGAUGCUUCAAUGCAAACAAUAACUUGUAGUUGCAUGAAGUUUAAUUUUGUUGGGAUUUUAUGCCGUCAUGCAAUGAAAGUGUUGGAUAGGAAGAAUGUGAGAAGAAUUCCUCCUACUUGCAUAUUAAAUCGAUGGAGUAAAGAAGCUAAGGCAAGGAGCAUCACUAGUUAUCAUGGACCAAAGACUAAUGAAAAUCUGAAGCAGUCGAUUGGAAAGCGAUACAGCCAUUUGUGUCGUAAUUAUCGUGAGAUUGCAUCCUUUGCCUCAGAACAUGAGGAACUAACAAGGUAUGCAAAUGAAUAUGCCAUUGAGUUGCUUAAAAAUUUGGAAGAAAAGAAGAAGAAACUGUUGAAAGAAGAUGCAUGGGUGAUUCAAACAUCAGAUGUUGGAGCUUUAGAAGGUGAAGUAUCAAAUGCACGUGGAGUUAAAAGAAAAGCUACUGUUGGACGACCACGCGGUCGUCAUGGUAGAUUUAAAGGUGUUCUUGAAGGGAAGAGUUGUAAAGCCACAUCUAAAGCAUCAACAUCUCUAGCAAGUAAAGCUGCAGCAAAGAAACAACUAUCCUUCCAGGACUCUAUUCCUACUAGUGACAAUUGCGAGCAACAAGAAGUCAAUGAAUAUGAAGUUCUAAUGCUUGAUUCAGCAACUCAAGAGUCCAAUCUUAGUGCUGGUACCCAAGUAUCAGUUUAUGGCACAGGUCUAACUUUGCAGAACGACUUUUCUUUCACUCAAAUGCUCCAGGAAAUUUCAAUGAAUCAUAUUUGCUCUUCACAAAGCAAUGAAGGAGGCAAAGAGCAGUCUGGAAGUUGA